AUGAGCUACAUUGCCCGCCGAGGUCUCUCGACCUUGAUCCCUCCCAAGGCCAUCGGUGCUGCCAAGGAUGCUGCUCGUAUGGAGCGUGUGGUGAACUUCUACGCCAGACUCCCUCGCGGCUCGGCUCCUGAUGUCAAGCCUACUGGCCUCAUCGGACGCUACCAGGCUCGCUACUUCGGCAAGAAUCCUUCCGCUGCUCCCCUUGCUCACGCUAUCGGCGGUAUCCUCAUCCUCGGCUACAGCAUGGAGUACUACUUCCACCUCCGCCACCACAAGAACCACCCCCACUAA